AGUAACUUAGACACUUCUGAGCUGUGCGGUAUGUAAAACUACUGUCAUUUGUUGCUUAACCUUUAACAUUUAUUUUCUCUGGCCCCUGGCAUGAGAAAUGGUCUUUGGUGUUAUUACAGAUAACUUUUUUUAAUAUUAUAUCUAUAGCCCUUAAAAAAUGUAAAGAAGAAUACACUAUUGUUUAAAUAUUAUUCUGGUACAAGGUUUUUGUCCACUAAAAAUUUAAAUUACUCAAUUUCCUGAUGGAUUCCAUCUUGAACCUGUGUUAUGGUUUAUUAUUUUUUCUCUUUAUCAUACUUCAAAAUAAUAAUUUUUACUGUAUGUUAGACCUAAACUUAACUGUGGAGUUCUAAUAAAUAAUUUAUUAUAAAAGUAAAAAAACUCUUGUUAUGUAACAAAAAUAACAAGGUAGUAUCAGGGCUUGGAAAAAACUUGAAUUGCAGCUUUUCUUUAGGCAAGUAUCUCAUGUUUUGCUUACCCAGGGCUACUUCUUGCUCAUCUUAGUUCAUGAUUUUAUUAGAGAAUGACUUGCCUGGAUCAUUGCCCAUUUUGCAAGUGAGCUUUCAGCUGCCCAGUGAAAAAAUCUACCUGUCCUGGACUACCAGAUGCGACUUUUUUCGAGCCCUGAAUAUUUUUUUCUAAAUUGUGCAGAUUACUUCAUGAAGGAGAUGGGGCCUUUUUCUGAAAUAUUUGCUAAUUUGGAAAGCAUGAACCGAGCUGUUAGCAAUGCUCUUGUGGAGUCAGCAAAGGUAUAUUUUUUGUUAUUUAUUUUUCUUAUAGCACACAAUGUAAGAGUUUUAGAUGUAGGCUUUAUUCAGGGCUUCUGAUAUUUCGCGGAAAAAAAGCAAAAUUUUGCAGGAUUUUCAGGGGCAAAUUCGCGGGAAAAUCGGCCGAUUUCGCAGGAUUUUUGCGGGAAAAAAGUCAAAAUUCGCGGAACAGUUGGCCGAUUUCGCGGGAGAAAAGUCAAAAUUUGCAGAAAAAUCUGCCAAUUUUGCGGGACUUUAGCGGAAAAAAGUCAAUUUUUGAAGGAUUUUCAGGGGCAAAUUGUUAUAAAAAUCAGCUGAUAUCACGGUAAAAUUUCGGGGGGAAUCUUCACCAAGAUUCACGAUUUCGCUGGAUUUUUUUGGCAAGUUUCACUAAAAUCGAUCAAUUUUGCGUCGAUAUGACCAGCGUUGGUGAACGUUUUUUUAAACAGGAAUAAUCAUAAUAAUUGCUCUUUCAACAGAAAUGAGCAAAUGCUAAAGCUAUUAACAUUAUGGUUAGUGCCCAGUUUUUCGCAACAUUCAUCUAAAAACGCCUGGUAGUUUUGGGACAUUGUUCGCUCGUUGCAGUGACGAAGUUUCAAGCUAAAUUUGGACGUUUCGGGUGAAUAAAAUAAUAAUUUCUGGCGGAUUUUGCGGUAUUUCGCGUUUUUUGGGGAAUUUCACGGAAAUACCUGAAUUUCGCGGGUCCGCGAUCGCGGGAAAUAUCAGAAGCCCUGUUUAUUUAACAAUUAUUUCAUGAGUUCGUGUUAGAUACUAGUUGGCUAUAAUCAUCUCAUAUCCAACAAGUGCGAGUGGAAAUAAUAAUUAUUGUAUCAUUAAAAAAUAAUGUCCACAAAAUUUUGAGAAUUCUUCCCGACUUUAUUUGUAAAAAUAACUGAUUUGCUGCACCUAAGCUAUGGAAUGCUGUGCCAAGAUUUAUUACGGAAUCCAUUUCAGUUGACACUUUUAAGAGAAAGUUGAAGACUCACCUUUUUAAAAAAGCAUUUUGUACCACUUAGAUUAUAAGAUUGUAUUUUUAGCUUACUAGACUAUAAAUAAUUAUUUUUCAGCUUAUAAUUUUAAGAUUUUGCUAACAGAUUUUACCUUUUUAACUUUUAGCCAUUAGUUUUUCUAUUCUAUAUCUAUAUUAUCAUCUUAUUUUAUCAUUUUUACUAUCACAAUUAUUCAUAAUUUUUAUUAUUAGUAGUAUUAUUGUUUUGUUAAUGUUUUUGUUUUGUUUUGUUUUGUUUUUUUUCCCUAUGGCGCAUUUGAAUAUAUUUAUAUAGAUAUUUGCGCCUUAUAAGUUUUUGAAAUUAAUUAAUUGAUUAAUUGAAUUAAUUAAUUGAUUUUCGGCUUGCUUUUAAUUUUGAGCCGACGCAUACAGUUACCAUACAUGUAUUUGGAGAGCAUGGUAUAAUGGCUCAUAUACCAUGAUGGCUAAAACAAUCAGAGCUCUAGAAUUGCAUUAUUCAAUGAUUCAUUUUUUAAAAAUUAACAAUUAUUAUUCUACAAGUGUGCAUUGGAUAUGAGAUGGAUAGUCACUGAGGUGUGUGGCACCGAGGUGCCUAUAAUCAUCCCAUAUCCACAAAGUGCGACUGGAAUAUUAUUGGUUUUUCCUUAUCUUAUUUCUUUUUUUCAGGAAUAUCCUGGCAAAUCCUUUAUUGGGAAAUUCACUACAAGGUUUCUCUUAAAUGAGGUAAAAGCUAUUUUCACAUUAUAUCAAAAAUUACAAACCACUAACACCUUUUGGGCACUAUUUUUUUAAUGAUAAAUAAUAACAUAUCCCCAUCCACUCUUCUCGCUACCUAGUCAUCCUAGUAAUCCUGUCAUUACUAGUCACCCUACUCCUAGUCACCCAAGCCACCCUUGUCACCCAAGUCACCCUUGUCACCCAAGUCACCCUAGUCAUCCAAGUAACCCUUGUCACCCAAGUCAGCCUACUCACCCAAGUAACCCUUGUCACCCUAGUCACCCAAGUAACCCUAGUCCCCCACAUCACCCUUGUCACCCUAGUUACCCAAGUCACCUUCGUCACACAAGUCACCCAUGUCAUCCUAGUGGGUCAUCGAGAUGACUAGUGUGAUUAGGAUGACUAGGGUGACUUGGGUGACCAAGGUGACUACCGAGUACGGUGACUAGGGUGACUAGGGUGACCAGUGUGACUUGGGGGCUAGGGUGACUUGGAUGACUAGGGUGACUUGGGUAACAUGGGUGACUUGGGUGACUGGGGUGAUCAGGAUGCCUAGGUUGACUAGGAUGACUAGGGUGACUUGGACGACUAGGGUGACUUCUAGAACAUUUUUAUUUUUACAUUUUACAUUUUCUAUAUGUGUGUCGAAUGUGGUAAAGACAUGAUGUCUUAUUUUGCAAGUAAUUCAAGUUACUUAGGAGUUAAACUAUAAAAGAAAUCCCUAGAGUCUUUUAGGAGGCAGUUUCGCCGCAUUUUAUACACAAUGUAUAUGCUGUAGUUAAUUUUUUAACUCAAGCAAUUUUUAUGUUUCCUUUGUUUCAACUUCUUUAACAUACAUUUGCAUACCCAAAAACAAGAGAAAAACAAAAGUUACCUAAGAUAAAAAAAUUAACUACAUCAUGUUUAUAUAACUUCUUGUGAAUAGUAAUAGGUAUCAGAACAACUGGAAUAAUCAUGUUAUGAUAUUUUUAGGAACUGGUCAUUGUUUCUGAUUUUUUGGUCAAUGAGUAGAACAAGUAGGACACCUGCAUGUAUUAUUAAAGCAUUAAUAAUGUUUUUAAUAUUGUUAGUUUUUAAUGUUACAUGACAUUGUGUCACUGCCAUAAUUUAUUGUUUUUUAAUGUUACGCAGAUUCAGGGUCAAAUGAGUUGCCUUGAACAUCAUAUAAAUGCUGCAGUUGACAAGAUUGAUGAAGAUGAAACAAAACAAAGGUGAGUCUAAUGAAGGGUGCAUUCUAUUAGCACAAUCUUGACCGAGAUCAGCAUCUGAGAUAACAUGGAUCAUCAGAGUUGGUACAUCAAAGGAACUCAUUAACCCACCCUGGUAAGGGAUAUACUUCGGUCAGUUCAGUUGAUGUACCAUGAUCUGCAGUGAUCUCAGAUCCACGGCGGGGAGGGAAGGGGACUACCACAUGAAACAGGAGCUGGGAUGCUUGUCGAAAAGGGUGACCAAUCUAGGCGUGGCCCAACCGUUUUUGACCCCUAAAAGAGACCAUUUUAAACUUUGAUUACGUGAAUGGAGUAAAUAAAAUGAGUUGAAAAAUAUAGAUAUUUUUAUAUUUCUUAGCACACAACUCUAAAAGAGACCUUUACGGCUAAAUAUAGCAGCGUUUUGCCCAGAACACCCUAAGUGAGACCAAAAUCGGAAAUUUACAUUCCUAAGCGGGACGACAAGCAUCCCUGCCCCUUUCAUAUCAGAGUCUCCCCUGGGCUCUGAUCACUAAUCUUGAGUCGGGCCACCCCAAAGGAAUGCACGCAAAGGAACUGGUCUAGAGACCUGACAAACACAAUUUGUGUUUAAUACAAACGGUAUACAUGUCUGAUGUUAGGAGGCAAAAUUUUUGCAUGCUGAUGGGUGCACUUAAUUAGCCAUCCCAAAGCAAAAAUAUAAUGACAACUUCUAAUUUUCCACCGACUAAAUUCAAUUAUGAAUAAAGACUUAUAAAUUUAAAUGGGGAUACGAUCGUCGCUGUCGUAAUUGCAAUUUAAGCAAUUGCAAAUUAACCUGAAAAAAAUUCCGGGACUUCAACGGGAUUUGAACCCGUGGCCUCUACAUUACCACUGCCUAGUGUUCUAACAACAACGACAACAACAACAAGCUUUAUUUGCAGGACCAUACAAGUACAUACAGUAUUUCAAAAGCUAAAAUUUAAUCACUGGCCAAUUAAACUACUUUGUUAAUAGUUUGUCGCGAAAGUCGAAGCAAGCUGAAAUAUAUCUCAUGAAUUGUUAAUUAAUGUAGUAAUUAGAUGUGUUUUCAUCAGCUCAUUGAUCAAAACGUUCACAGGUAACAGGGUAAUAUUUGGAAUCAAACUUCUUAACUUUAUUGUAAAAAUUAUUCCUAAUCAAAGAGUUUUAGAACAAUUAAAAGAAAGUGAAUAGGCUCUAACCAAUUGAACUAUGGAGACCCAUAUAUUGGGAGCAGGUCAAUUUGUUGAGUUCAUCUUAACCCAUGAAUGGAAUGAAGCAAUGGAGAUGAUGUGAACUGCGGAAAGACAAAUUUAAAUGAAGAUAUAUUUAAAUGAAUCCAGUUGAGGUCCCGAAAUUUUUUGGGGUGUAAUUGCAAUUACUUAAACUGCAAUUACAACUGCGACAAUUAUAUCUCCAUUUAAUUGUGUAUUUCUGCAGUUCACAUCAUCUUCAUUGCUUGAUAAAGAUUUAAAAAUUAACUCUGUGUAAUCAAGGUGCGGUAGCCCCUGGCGUAUGCCGAAUUUUUUUUUUUCUGCUGUAAUAAAAUUUGCUAAUCUCAGCUAUAGUUCAUAGGAAUACAAACCUUCACCUGUUAUACAUGUAGUCAAGGUACCAUUCAUCCUUUGACCUUACACUCAAGACUUGCUUUGUUGUUAUUUGAGAAGGCCUGAUGUCUGUCAAGCUGAAGUUACAAAUGUGAACAUUAGAGGAGGAAGGAUGAAGAGAAAAAUGCACUCAUUUUCACAGCAAACAAGUCUUGAUGGUAUGUAAAAUAAAACUGUCAAUAAUAUUUAAACAAAUGAAAAGGAGUAUGAUCCUUGCGGUUGAAUGAACAAUCUAUUAGGCAGUUGAAAAAGGACCUGAAAAAAAACUAGGCUUCAGUUUACUUGUCCCUGUCAACCUUGAAAAUGUUCAGGUUCUUUUUCAGCCGCGUAGGUUGUUUAUUCAACUGUGAGAAUCAUAUUUGCUUUCACAUCUUUAUCUUUAUGUAUUAGUUAAUUAGGGACUUGUCAGAAAUUAGCAGGGGGGGGGGAGGGGGGGUGGGAAUUUUAAAUUUGGGUUCGGAAAUGAUAUGACCCAUCCCUGCAAUGGGAGUGAAAUUGGCUAACCCUCCCCUUGACCUUGGCCUAAAAUAUCAUGACCCCUCCCCCCCCUUCUAGUAUAAAUGAUAAAAUCUACUAGGGUGAGUCAGUAUUAUGAAAGCUCAAAAUAUAUUUCUAAUCUGUUUUUGUAAUGCCAUAUAUAUACAUUUUAGAUGACAGCAUUAAGCUGAGUCCGACUCUGAUUCUGACAGCUGAUCACUCAACUCUCCUAUUUCUCCCAGUUUUUUUUUUACAAAAUAAGGAACUUCUUUUUUCUUCUGUGGGUGAACCUCUACAUGAUCACACAUAUUUGCAUGACCCUCCCCCUUUUAACGGCCCAUUUUUCAUGACCCCUCCCUUUUCUGCAGUCUCAAAAAGUUGUGACCCUCCCUCUGUUUCCACCCCCCCUCCCCCCCUGCUAAUUUCUGACAAGUCCCUUAAUGCGUUCAUUUUUUUCUUAGCUAAUGAAUACAUGUACAUCAUUCUAUUCACGUACAGCAUCUCAGCAGGCAUUGAGACAUGGUUUGUCCGUGGAGGUUGAUAGACUAAGAGAGCUCAUUGGCAAGCUUGAAAAUAAGGUACAUUUUUUCUAGUUAUUUAAUUUAUUUAUUGUUUUAGCAUUAAGUGGGAUUUACUUUGCUUGUCGGCAUGGUUUUCUCCGAUUUUGUUCACGUCCUUGUACAUGCUUUUGGUAUGUAAUGGUGCUGUACGUGUAUUUAACCUUUUUAAUACAACAGCUGUUAUAUUUUUGUUUUAACUAGCUGGCCUGUGAGCAAGCCCUUGGGGGAUGGCCAUAGGCAAAGAAAAAAGCUAGCGCUAGCUCUCAUUCUCUCCCGACCCCUUUCCCACCCCUCAAGAGCUUGCUAGUAGGCUAUGUUUUCACUCUUAAGUCUGGUACAUUUAACAGGUCAAGUUUGAUGUUAUUGAUGAAGAAGAAGUAGAACUUGGAAAUGAGCAGUUGGUAAAUAAAAUUCCAUUUAUACUUUGUCUAUUAAAAAUUUGUUAUCCCUGAAGUACUGGUAUAAUACAGUGCAGGGCUGUCACUUUGUGUCGGGGUCCAGGGAUCUCCUCGGCUACUAUGAGCAUGACUCCGGCCCCAGCUUCUUUCGUAGGAAACAAACUCUUUUCUGUGUGGCUUUUCAGGUGGUUUUGGUGUCUAGGAAAUUCCAAGUUCAUUCCAAGGCAGGAAAGGCUUUUCGUUCAAAUCUGAAGAGCUACAUAGCGUCAACAUCAAUGGCAGAAGGCUGUUUGCAGUAAGUUCCUGGCAAUAUUUAUAGGGCGCUUAAGCAAAAACAACGGUGACGGCUUCGAAAACGUCACUUAAAAAGUAAAUUUGCACUACUUCAAACUUUAUCGGGCUUGUUCCAAUUCGUUCAAUUCGUCAAAUGUUGGCAAAUUUUUCUGGAGCUGAAUUCAAAAAGACUGUAUCAAAGUUCAGGAAAAGAAAAAGAAAGUCGUUGUCUUGUGUUCACGUCCACGACAAAACACGAAAUUAGGCAUUUUCACGUUGUGGUCGUGCAUCGACGGCAAAAAAAUGUACAAAAAUCGUGAUGCAUGUGCAAAGUUGUUGUUUUGCCAAUCCAAACCUAUUGGUUUUUUGCCGUUCUUGUUGCCGUCGCCGUCGUUGUUGCUUAAAGCUCCCUAAUUAUUUUGACCCAGUUACGAGGCACAAACCCUGUAGCCUAAAAAAAUGCCUGGCAUUUAGGCUUUUAAAUCAGUUAGCAAAUGGUUAUUCUUCCCUUGAAAAUACAGAUAAUGUACGUUGAAAGUAAUCAACAUGAUCAUAAUUAUUUCCACCGUUGCAGCCUUGGUGUGCGCACUAUCACGGGAACAAAUACAUUUAUGGUUUAUGAAAUCUGGGCAAACAGUGAGGAUUUAAACAGGUUAGAAAUGUUAGCAUAAUAAUUUAUUACAGUUAUGAAACCUCCAUGUCCAACCACCCCUCAUAAGCGACUGGCUUCUUUAUGGGAUCGUGUAUCCAAAACACCAAAAUGUUCCCAUUCCAAGUCCUAUACAUUAGUUGAAACUUCUCAUAAAAGACCACCUCUUGUGUAAGCGACCCCAACCACUUGUUCAGCGAGGGAAAGAUCUUUCAAACCAAAUCCACAGUCACAGUCACGACUUCAUACCCUGGGUACCAAAGGUAUUUUCUCUCAAGCGAUGGAAAGCGUCGCAGUUAGCCAACAGCUGACACUUUCUCGGUGAAGAUUUACCCUGCCUCGCAGGUGCUUGGAAGAGCAGGAAAGAACGAGGUGCGCAAGGGAGGCGCGCGAGAGAAGAAUUAUUGGCUGGUUAGUUUUGUCAUUAACGCAAGACUAUAAUAAAAAGAAUGCAAAUGAUGAUGACUAACUUAAACAAAACACAUACACCAACCAAUAUGUUUCAUGCCGAUUCACUUGCAAUGUCGUAAGUUUUAGGUCACAUUUACGAGUCUCUUGGGGAUGGUAUUGGUCGAGUUAUGUAAUGCUUAUAGGCAUGUGCUUAACCCAUUCGCCCCUGAACCGCCCGUAACCGCCCGUGCGGAUCCAGGUCCUUUCCACCCUUUGUGACGUCAUCAGUUUUAACGGUCAAGGACAACUUUCUUCGUUAACUUGUGCAGAGUGAAGAGAUCUUUCAAAUCGUACCAGAAUGAGCACAAUUCAGUCAAGGACACCGGAGAAAGAAGCAAAAAACCACGUGACAUUGACCUGAAAAUCUCCAUGAAAAUCUUGCUCCAUUGCUCACCUACCUUUCCUUUCACCUUAUCCUAAGAUCCUAAAAGCUUUCCUAAAAAACUCUUCCCACCAAAAUGAACCCUACUAAAUGCCCAGCAAGCGAAAAAAAAUGAGGCAAGAAAAGUGAAAAAAGAAGCGAGGAGAGAAAGCGAAAAGUAAAAGUCAAGACUGCUGUGUCACUUUUAAACCCCCCAAAAAUUUUGCUUUCUGCGCAUGCCCGAACUUCGCAAGCUGAUAUUUUGCAUCUGAAUCAGAAGGCCGCGAAGUGUACGACCUGUAAACCGGUUUGUGGUAAGUUUUAGCUCUUUAUAGCACGACAGUCACCAGAAAACCGCUCGACUAGCUUCAAAACGCGUUUUUCGGCAAAAUCUCCAGGAGCGAAUGGGUUAAAAGCGCACCUUGCCUUCGAAGUGCUCUAUGAAUGACUUUGCAUUCUCCCUCCCGCCAACCGUUCCUUCUUGCGCCCAUUCAGUACUUUCAAGCGCCUGCUACGCAGGCAAGUGAAGUUCGAGUUUUCGCGAAAAAAAGUUAAGACACUUUUAAAGACUUGACCAAGUCCGGAACCCGCAAAUGAAAAAUCUCUGCAGCGUCCAGAGUUAGGUUGUUUAGUAAAACUUAAAUACCACUAUCUACCGCAGAAAUCACUGCCCAGUAGAUAAUCAUUUACGUUAUCCUGGGGAAACACUACUCACCAUUUGAACAAAUGGAGCCAGGUUGCGCCUUCACCGCUUGCCGCUAAGGUUUUACACCCGGCCACUCCACUUUCCGUUAAGUUUCGAAAGUGAGGAGCCUUUCACAGGUGUAAGAAAAUCCGGAAAGUAGAGAUCCCCCUAAAAUAAUGACCCUCCGAGAGUACCGACCUAAAACGUAAUUUCGCUUUUUUGCAUGAAAUAAAGGAAAUAUAAUAGGCAUAUCAAACUGAUUCGAAAUAUAUUUUUAACGAUAAUAAUGAUCUUUGUCAUUCCUGUUCAAAGGACAUGACUAUAAAAUCUCUUAAAGUUUAAUUACAUUUUUUGGAAUUAUUAUUCAAAGCAAUAACUUGAAAUAAGUUUCUUCAAUAUGAUGUGUGGAUGUUUUCACAUUCUGUGCGAUGUUAUUACCGUAACUUCGAACGGCUCGGCCCAUGUACAGUACACGUUUUAGCUACCCGAAACUAGCAAGCCGCCAAAAGUAGCAGGAGAAGGCUACUAAAUCCGAAAGUGAGGAGGGCCGUUACUUUUGGAACUUUACGGUGGGGGACUGUUGCAUCUGGCUUAGUUAUUAUUACAGAAUUCAUGGGCACAAAUCCAAGUGUGCUUAGCUUUUAUUUUAGACGAUUCCAGCUGCAGCAUAAUAAUAUUAUGAUUUUAAUACUUUUGUAAACAGCCACUUUUCUUCAGACACCUCUAAGAUGUUCAUGCGUGGUAAUAUUGAUCACUUAGAGCAACCUGAAGAGUACCACAAGAUGGCUGUUCCUGGUAAG